AUGACUUCAAAAACACCUCUUUCCAUUAACGUGGAUGAGUUUAUUGAUGAGGAGGUCGAGGAGGAAGACCUUGCAGAAGAAGUAGUUUCAGCUAGGUCUCAACCCGCCGUCGAAAUUACAGAUGAUCAAAUUGUUGCGGAUUUGUGGGAAGUGUUUAAUUCAAUUGACAAAAACCAGGAUGGAGUUAUAACUUUCAUGGAGCUCAAAAUAAUGUUGAAGAGGUUAGGUCAAUACAAUUCCGAUGCUGAAGUUCUCUCCAUGAUCAAAAACAUUGCUGGUGACAAUGAUUUGGUAGACUUUUCCAGCUUUUUGCGAGCAUUUAUGGAUUCUUAUAGGGACAGCGUUUUGAAUGGAAGCGAUGAAGAGAUGGACCGAAAAGUGUUUGAAAUUUUUGACGUAAAUAAGGAUGGAAUGAUUGAGGAAAUCAAAGAGAUAAUCCAUGAGUACUGUAUGGGAGAUUUGGCAGAAGAUUUUACUGAGGACCGUAUUGUGGACAUGCUUCAUUUGUUGGAUACAAACUUUGAUGGAGUGAUUGAUUUUAAGGAAUUCCGUAAUUUGGCAAGGAGCAAAAUUGCCUAA